AUGAACCCAGACCGCAAGCCCUGCACCCACAGAAUCAAGGUUAAGCCACAGAGCAACGACGAUGAAUUAACAAUCAAUACCCAAGGUUCAAGUCAUUGGGAUGGACUGAGGCACGUCGGGUAUCAAAUAUCGAGGAGAUUUUACAACAACACGACACAGGAGGAUAUCUCAGGAAGUAAUCCUAACCAUCGCUGCGGCAUUCAAGCCAUUUCAAGAAAGUCUAUUGCAGGGCGAGGAGUCCUCCUAGACUAUCGAAGAUGGGCAAACAAGCAGGGCGUCACCUACAAUGCAUUCACCACACAUCGUAUCAAGAAGAGCGACCUAGUGCAAUGCGCUCGGGAUCAGCAGACCGAGUUCAAGUUAGGAGAUAUCCUGCUCAUCCGUACAGGCUGGACAGAAGACUACCUCCAAUAUAACGACUUGGAGAAGCAAGAGCUAGCUCGCCGACCCCGUCGCCAGUUUGUAGGGGUAGAGAACUCACUCGAGAUGGCUCAAUGGCAUUGGGAGACGGGCUUUGCUGCCGUUGCUGGAGAUACCAAUGCAUACGAGGCUUGGCCACCAGACCAGGGCUCUGAUCUCAAGCACGCCCUUCAUGAGGUGUUCCUCGCUGGCUGGGGGAUGCCCAUCGGAGAGGUGUGGGACUUGGAGAGUUUGGCUGAAGAAUGUCAGAGACAAAAGAAGUGGAGUUUCUUUCUCGCUAGCCAACCCCUGGACGUCCCGGGUGGGAUAGCAAGUCCUAGCAAUGCUCUGGCCAUUCUUUGA